AUGCCUUCCAUCCACUGGGACAGAAUGUUUGUUGGAAUUACCUGUUGUGUAGUGACUGUGAUCCUUUGGGCAUUGUGUAUUUGGGAGCUCCUCAGACCAGGAAUUUGCUGGCUGAGGAGCAGGCCUGCUGGAAGCUACCUGGGAGUGAUGAUGGAUGCCAAGUUCAGUACGAGCCAAGAGCACGUGGUUCAUUGCCAAGGCAGAAGAGCAGCUAUGUUAUGUGGAGGUAGACAGGUUGACAGACAGUAUUAUUCUCCCCUUCCUGGCACUGUUAAUUUUUGUGACGACAGUACCAGUGCAGUGAACAUUUCUGAAAGCAAUAUAAAACCCCUUACUUUUGAACUGAUCAUAGUGGGUAAUUUACUUUUUAUUCUUUCCAAAGAAAAAUGUGAACCCGAUGCUGUGAAUGAUAAUGCUUCAAUAGCAAUCCAGAUGUGCUCCAGAGAAGGGAAAAAUCCUACUUUAAAGCCUCACCAAAAUCUGAAUUGUAAUGAAAAUCUGGACUCCUUAGUAUCACAGACCACCAAUUACUUGUAUGGUUUUAUUUUGUGGGAGAAUGUUGUAAAAGUGGUGACUCUUGUUCCUUUUCCCAUUCUCUUUCUGUUGAAUGGCAUUUUCCUCACAGGAAAUGCAGGCCCCAGCAAGGUUUCAGCUAUUGCCAGUAACACUCACAUCCUCACCUCCAUGCCAGACCAACUGACCACACAAAACUUCACUGCUGCUGCAAAUGUCGCAGUGCAGAUUAUGGAAAAGCUAAAUGCUUCAGAAGACUUUCAGGUAUCUGUGGCAGUAAUGGUUACAGUGAGUCAACUCUUGGAUGCCAGUGAAAGAGAAUUCAUCCACAAUAAUCUUGUCAAUGUUACAUCAAGCCUCACAAAAACAGUGGAGGAAUUUUCUUUGACUGGCAACAUCUCACAGCCCAAUGUUGCAGUCCAGUUUGCUCCACUGAAAUUAAGCUCCUCUAUGAUUCCCUUUUUGGCACAGAGAAAUACAGCACUGGGAAAGUGCCAGUCAACAAAACUAGAAAUACAGGAAAAUGUUCCUGGACUUCUUUGUGACCUCAGUAAUGAAGUUCAGAUACUGUCCAACAUUUUAAGUAACAGUUCAUCACACAACAGAAGUGUUGGAUUUGUCCUGUAUCAAAACUACAAACUCAUCCAGUCAAGGAUUUAUCAGAGUUGCAAUAGUUUGUCUAAACAAAUCAUCUCUGGCGACAUUGAUGGCGAAAUAGUGAACAGUGUUGGAAUAGCCUUUGGUCCCAAGUACAACAUAUCUGAACUGCAGCUGCGUGAUCAUGCCUGUGUCUUUUGGGACUACUCUGUCAAUGACUGGAGCACUGCCGGCUGUGCAAAAGGAAGAGACCAGUUCUUGAGAUGCAGGUAUAAUCACACGACUAAUUUUGCUGUCCAGAUGGCCUUUCAGAUCAAAUAUAAAUACACAAAGCCUUUGGAGUAUAUUUCUUAUAUUGGUCUUGAUUUGUCCAUGGCUGGCCUGAUUACUACCAUUUCGUUUCAAAUAUUCACUAGGAAAACUCGAAAGUCAUCUGUAACAUGGAUGUUAGCGAGUCUCUGCUUAAUGCUCAUUUUUAACAUCAUCUUCACCUCUGGAAUUGAAAACCAUAAUGCCAGGAAUUACAGCAGUGAUACUACCAGCUACCACCAGCAAUACCUUCCUUAUGAUAACACCACUAACACCUUACUCACUUCUGACACGGUAGAUCCUCCCACAGACUCCUGGUGUACAGCUGUGGCUGUCCUACUGUGCUAUUUUUUCUUGGCAACAUUUACGUUGACAGCACUCAAUUCUGCACAAUUGUACUUAUUGUUGCUUAGAGCCACGAAGCCGCUGCCUGGACAUUUCCUUGUAACCAUGUCAGUUAUUGGAUGGGGAAUCCCUGCCAUAGUAGUUGCAAUAGCACUCAGAGUUACUUACAGAGGAGGAAAAGCUUAAAUCUACUGACAGGAAAAAUUUUGCUGGCUUGCACCACUGGACCAAAAUCAGAAUUUUAGUGUGCAAAAGCCGAUGUUGUGGUCAUUCCUCUUGCCAGCGGCACUCAUAGCCCUGUUUAACAUCUUGAUCUUCAUCAAGAUCAGUACCUCUGUGAUAUGUAAGAAUGAAAAUUUGACAAGGAAUAAAAAGGAUUCACUAAUGAAAACUAUGAUUAGCACUAUCUCUACAUUUGUAGUGCUCAGAAUCACCUGGACGACAGGCUACCUUAUGAGUCAUGAAAGAACAAGUCUUGUUUUCAGCUGUCUGUUUUGAAUUUUGAAUGCUAUCCAGGUAAAGUAUUUAGCAAUUCUGAGACUAAUAAUUGAGAUAAAAAAACCAGAUUUAUUUGUUCUAUAGCUUGGUAUAGCAGGGGAACUUGUUGGAAAGCAGUUACAGGGAUUCAGAAUUUCUGUUCAGAAAGGGAUGCUAUCCUUCUGGUCUGUCACAUAUAAAACUCUUCCCACUGUA